GUCAUUCCUUCGACAACAGACAAUAAGCAAGAUAUAAAGGCUACCUGCUCCCUUGCCCAUUGGGAUUCAAGUUCUCAGGAUCUGAUCCUCGCAUUCACGGCAGCCGACUCUCCCAUUGGCCUUUGAACCUCAUCGUGGAAACUGCUGUGGACAUUCGUGGAGGCAGGUGCAUCUGACUGCUACAGGAUGAGAGGUUCAUCACUCCUACCCCUUAUUGCGGGGCUUUACUUCCCCUGCAUCGGCGCUCUCUCUCUUCACAAGCGCGAUGUACCCGCCGUCCUGGACUUUCCCAUCGAGCGUAUACAAGCUGCUCAUCCGCUGCGGAAGCGGGACAUUGUGGAUGUGUCAGUUUUGAACACGGAAAGCAGUUAUUACCUACUUAACCUCACCCUCGGAACACCGGCACAAAAGUUCUCACUGGCAUUGGAUACCGGCAGCAGUGAUAUCUGGGUGAACACGGCCAACUCAUCGCUCUGCUCGGGCAGUGAUGCUCCGUGCAAUGCAUAUGGCCUGUACAAUUACAGCGCUUCAUCCACCUAUGAGACUGUGGGCACCUCCAUAAAUAUCACUUAUGCAGGCGGUACCAACGCCUAUGGUCCCUAUGUGACUGACAAGCUCACUGUCGGAAAUGCAACAAUCGACAAGAUGCAGUUCGCGAUUGCAGAGUCUUCCAAUGCAGCUCAGGGUAUUGUUGGUAUCGGCUACCAGGUCUCGACCUAUCAGUCCGAGUAUGAUCACAAAGAAUACGCGAAUCUUCCCCAGGCCCUCGUCGACAGCGGCGCGAUCAAUUCGGCUGCCUACAGUGUGUGGCUAAACGGACUCGAAGCGACCAGCGGCUCGGUCCUCUUCGGCGGUGUGAAUAAAGCUCAAUACCAGGGCGAGCUGCAGACACUGCCCAUCGUGCCCGUCUACGGCGAAUACAUGUCUCUGGCUAUCGCCCUCACCGGCGUGUCUGUGGAGACGGACUCCGAUUCGAACAGCUACACCCAAAACCUGCCAUUGUCCGUCUCCCUCGACACAGGCAGCGCUUUCACCGAGCUCCCGGAGGCGCUUGUCACCAAGAUCUACGAAGCACUUGGUGCAACGUAUGAUGAAAAUGACGGAAUGCCGUACAUUGAUUGUGACACAAGGGAGAAGGACUAUAACGUCACUUAUAGCUUCUCUGGUGCGACCGUCACCGUUGGAAUGAGCCAACUGAUCUUCGAUGGCACCGAGCCUGAUUUCCCCAAGGGGGACUGUGUCCUUGGCCUCGUGCCUAGUGAACCGGGUGUCAACCUCCUGGGAGAUACAUUCCUCCGCAGCGCCUACGUGGUGUACGAUCUGGCCAAUAACGAGAUCUCUCUUGCGAACACCAACCUGAACCCAGGAGACGAUGAGAUCCUGGAAAUCGGGACUGGCACUGACUCGGUGCCCGGUGCCACCCUCGUGCCGUCAGCAGUCUCGUCUGCCACGGGUAACGGUGUCGCAACAGCGACUGGGGGAGUGCGGACUGUCACAGAAGCGGCCACUGCCACUUCUGGCUCGACCGAGUCCACAGGUGGCUCGAGUGCCUCGCGUGGUAGCUCUGCCGAGGCCACGAGCACGUCGUCCAAAGGGAUGGCGGUCGCGCCGACUAGCAAGCCGAUUCAUCUGCUGUCCGGGCUGGCAGGCGCGGGUCUUCUCCUUGCCUUGUAGGGGCCUAUCAUUGGUAUCCUCGAAGUACAUAUACUAUAUAACCUGCA